AUGGCCUCAGCUGCUUCGGUGACCAGCCUGGCAGAUGAGGUCAACUGCCCCGUCUGCCAAGGGACCCUCAGAGAACCGGUCACCAUCGACUGUGGCCACAACUUCUGCCGAGUCUGCCUCACCCGCUACCUGGAGAUCACCAGCCCGGACCCCGAGGAGCCUCCGACCUGCCCACUCUGCAAGGAGCCUUUCCGUCCAGGGAACUUCCGGCCCAACUGGCAGCUGGCCAACGUGGUGGAGAACAUCGAGCGUCUCAAGCUGGUGUCCCAGAUGGACUCAGACGAGGAGGACGUCUGCCCCGAGCACGGGGAGAAAGUCUACUUCUUCUGCGAGGACGAUGAGAUGCAGCUGUGCGUGGUGUGCCGGGAGGCCUGGGAGCACCGCGCCCACACCGUGCGCUUCCUGGAGGAUGCAGCGGGGCCCUACCGGGAACAAAUACAGAAGUGUCUUGAGUGUCUAAGAAAAGAGAGAGAGGAGAUUCAAGAAAUUCAGUCCAGGGAAAAUCGAAGGAUACAAGUCCUCCUGACUCAGGUGGCCACCAAGAAACAAAAGGUGAUUUCUGAGUUUGCACAUCUGAGUCAGUUCCUGGAAGAGCAGCAGAGCAUCCUCCUAGCCCAGCUGGAGAAGCUGGAUGAGGACAUCCUGAAGCAUCGGGAUGAGUUUGAUGUCCUGGUCACUGGGGAGAUCGGCCGGUUCAACACCCUCAUUGAGGAACUGGAGGAGAAGAAGGAGAGGCCGGCGAGGGAGCUCCUGACGGAUAUCAGAAGCACUCUAAUCAGAUGUGAAACCAGAAGGUGCCGGAAACCAGUGGCUAUAUCUCCAGAGCUGGGCCAGAGGAUUCGGGACUUCCCCCAGCAAACCUUCCCGCUGCGGAGGGAGAUGAAGCUGUUUCUGGAAAAACUCAGCUUUGAGUUGGAUUAUGAGCCAGCGCACAUCUCUCUAGACCCCCGGACUUCCCACCCCAAGCUCCUGCUGUCCGAGGACUACCAGCAGGCUCGUUUCUCCUACAAGUGGCAGAAGUCACCGGACAACCCCCAGCGUUUUGACCGGGCCACCUGUGUCCUGGCCCACGGUGGCUUCACAGGGGGCAGACACACGUGGGUGGUCAGUGUGGACUUGGCUCACGGGGGCAGCUGCACCCUGGGCGUGGUCAGUAGGGACAUCCGCCGGAAGGGGGAGCUGCGGAUGCGGCCAGAGGAGGGGGUGUGGGCGGUGAGGCUGGCGUGGGGCUUCGUCUCAGCCCUGAGCUCCUUCCCCACCCGCCUGACCCUGGAGGAGCAGCCCCAGCAGGUGCGGGUGUCCAUCGACUACGAGGUGGGCUGGGUGACCUUUGCCAACGCCGUCACCCAGGAACCCAUUUACACCUUCACUGCCUCCUUCACCCAGAAGGUCUUUCCCUUCUUUGGGCUCUGGGGCCGAGGGUCCAAGUUCUCCCUGAGUUCCCAAGAGGGUGCAGAUACCCUAUCCUAA